AGCACCAACCAGUCACAAAUUGUGGACUUCAUGACAAGGGGUGGACCGAUGUUCAAACUUUCUCAUCUUCAACGUCUGUUUCUUUUCCUUCCAUUUUGACAAUAGUUGGUAGAUUUUGGUCUCGCAUAUUCUCUUCCUUCCGCCUCUCUUAACAAAAAAAAUCAAAAACUCUGUAAUGGCAAGCAAAGUGAGAAAUGUUAUCCUCUGUUUGUCAUGUUUGCUACUCUUCGUGGGGCCAUCUUCUUCUCUGCUAGAGACAUUAGUGCAAGGACAGGAGUUCAAGGAUGGGGAUGAAUUAGUUUCAGCUCAAGGAAACUUUAAACUAGGAUUCUUCACGCUUGAAAGUAACAACUACUACUUAGGAAUAUGGUACAACGACAACCGUCAACGCCAGGACAAUUUAGUGUGGGUUGCAAAUCGAGACUCUCCUAUCUUUAACAAUUCUGGAAGUCUUACCAUUGAUGAUAACGGGAAUUUGAAAAUUUCACACGAUGGGGGUCUUCCUAUUGUACUAUAUUCAGGACAAGAAGGAAGUAACACAAGUGCUGUUCUACUUGACACUGGUAAUUUUGUACUGCGCGAACUGAAUAAUUCAGAGGAAUUGUGGCAAAGCUUUGAUUAUCCUAGUCACAUUCUUGUGCCAGGAAUGAAACUUGGAGUUAAUCGGAAAACGGGACAUACUUGGUCUCUAACAUCAUGGAGAGGAGUGGUGGUUCCUGACUUGGGCGUAUUUACCUUUGGCAUGGACUCCAACCAUACAAAUCAAUUGGUCAUCUUGUGGCACGACAACAUCUAUUGGACUAGUGGGUCUUUGGAACGAGGGCAUUUCACCUCAUCUUUUUCAGGUAUUUCAGAUUCUUACUACAAUUUUAGCUACAUAUCAAAUGAGAAUGAAACAUUCUUCAACUACUCUGUGGAAACGAGUUUCACAAAGUCGCCGCGGUUGGUGAUAGAUUACUUAGGAAGACUUUCUGACGAUAGAGGCAUUCUGGUUGAUUGUAUUUCUCGUUUCUCUGGUUCAUCAAAAAUGGAAAGAUGUAUGCCGGCGCAGCUUCCUGAGUGUAGGAGCCCUGAUGAUGUAUUUUAUUCACAUUUCACUUUCAUGUACAAUGAUGGAUUCAAGUUUAGUGGAAGUGAAAACCUGACUCUCAUGGAUUGUGAGGCCAAGUGCUUGACCAAUUGUUCUUGUGUUGCCUACGCAUCUACAAUUGAGGAUGCCCAAACUGGCUGUGAGAUUUGGACUAGCACACCGGCAAGAUUUAAUGGAUCUUCAAACUCAAAUGCAAGGACAAUAUACUUCCUUAAUUCAGCAAUUGCAAAUAAAGAAGAAAACAGGAGAGCAAACACGUGGUGGAGAUGGCUCAUCAUGGCAGUGGGGGCGAUUAUUAUCUCGUUGUACUGAUUCUUAAGCAACACUAAAUGGAGGGAAAAAAAAAACCGGAAUUAAGGGUACCAUGCUUCUAAUAUAGAUUUUUUAGAUAUAUUACUGAUGAUUGA